CUGGGGAUAAGGAAAGGGCUCUAGGAGAGAGGCUACCAGUCUGGCUGGCUGCCUCCCGCCGAUGCUCGGGGCCGGGGAGCAGGGCAGCCAGCGCUCCCAUGGACCUCCCCAGCGGGAUGCUCCUCGCCUGCUCCCUCUGCCUCCUGCCCGGGUUCAGUGAUGCCUUCAACAUUGACACCAAGAGGCCUAAAAUCAUAGCUGGCUCUAAGGAAGCAUAUUUUGGCUACACAGUGCAGCAGCAUGACAUCGGGGGGAAGAAAUGGCUGGUGGUGGGAGCUCCCUACGAAACCAACGGCCAGCAGAAGACAGGAGAUGUCUACAAGUGCCCGGUGACCAGCGACACCCACAGCAACUGCACCAAGCUCAACCUAGGACGGGUGACGCUCUCCAACGUCUCUGAGAGGAAGGACAACAUGCGCCUCGGCCUCAGCCUGGCCACCAACCCCAAGGACAACAGCUUUCUGGCCUGCAGCCCUCUCUGGUCCCACGAGUGCGGGAGCUCCUACUACACCACGGGCAUGUGCUCCCGGGUCAACUCCAACUUCAGGUUCUCCAAGACGGUGGCUCCGGCUCUGCAGAGAUGCCAGACGUACAUGGACAUAAUCAUAGUUCUGGACGGAUCAAACAGCAUAUAUCCUUGGGUUGAAGUGCAGCACUUCCUGAUCAACAUCUUGAAAAAAUUUUAUAUUGGCCCCGGCCAGAUACAAGUCGGAGUUGUUCAGUACGGAGAGGACGUCGUCCACGAGUUCCAUUUAAAUGACUACAGGUCUGUAAAAGAUGUGGUAGCAGCUGCCAGUCACAUAGAGCAAAGAGGAGGUACAGAAACCAGGACGGCUUACGGGAUCGAGUUUGCUCGCUCGGAAGCGUUUCAGAAAGGUGGCCGGAAAGGGGCAAAGAGAGUAAUGAUUGUAAUCACAGAUGGAGAGUCGCACGACAGCCCAGACCUGGAGAAGGUGAUCGAGGACAGCGAGAAGGACAAUGUCACCAGAUACGCGGUGGCGGUCUUGGGUUAUUAUAACAGAAGAGGAAUCAAUCCCGAAGCCUUUUUGAACGAGAUAAAAUUUAUAGCGAGUGACCCAGAUGACAAGCAUUUCUUUAACGUCACCGAUGAAGCAGCUCUCAAAGACAUCGUGGACGCGCUCGGGGAAAGGAUAUUUAGCUUGGAAGGAACCAACAAGAAUGAAAUCUCCUUUGGACUGGAAAUGUCCCAGACUGGAUUUUCAUCACAUGUUGUGGAAGACGGGAUCUUGCUGGGGGCAGUGGGUGCCUACGACUGGAACGGAGCCGUCCUGAAGGAAACCAGCAGCGGGAAGAUCAUUCCCUUGAGGGAAUCUUAUCUCCAGGAGUUCCCGGAGGAGCUGAAAAAUCACGGAGCCUAUUUAGGUUACACCGUCUCCUCCGUCAUCUCCACCGAGCGCGAGAGGAUUUACGUGGCGGGAGCCCCCAGGUUCAACCACACGGGGAAAGUCAUCAUUUUCAGCAUGCACAAUAACCGAAACCUCACCAUCCACCAGGCGCUGAAGGGGGAGCAGAUCGGCUCCUACUACGGCAGCGAGAUCAACUCCCUGGACGUCAACGGCGACGGCGUCACCGACGUUCUGCUGGUGGGAGCCCCCAUGUACUUCAGCGAGGGCAGGGAGAGGGGGAAGGUCUACGUGUACACCCUGCGGGAGAACCGCUUUGUUUCCAGCGGUGCCCUUGUAGACCUGCAGAGCUACCAGAACUCCCGCUUUGGCUCCUGCAUCGCUGCCGUCCCCGACCUCAACCAGGACUCCUACAACGACCUCGUCGUCGGGGCACCUUUGGAGGACGAGCACCAGGGAGCAAUAUACAUCUUCCUCGGCUUCAAAGAGACCAUCCUGAAGAAGUACAAGCAGCGGAUAGCAGCCGCCGACCUCGCACCCGGCCUGAUGUAUUUUGGAUGCAGCAUCCACGGACAGCUGGACCUGAAUGAAGAUGGACUCGUGGACUUGGCCGUUGGCUCUCUGGGGAACGCCGUGCUGCUCUGGUCCCGCAGCGUGGUCCAGAUCAACGCCAGCAUCCGCUUCGAGCCCUCCAAAAUCAACAUCUUCACCAAGGACUGCAAGCGGAACGGGAAGGAUGCCACCUGCAUGUCGGCCUUCGUCUGCUUCACCGCCGUCUUCCUCUCGGCUCACUUCCAGACAGCCAGCCUGGGGCUGCGGUACAAUGCCACCAUCGACGAGCGCAGGUACACACCGCGGGCUCACCUGGACGAGAGCGGGGAGCGACAGACACAGAAGGGGCUGGUGCUGCUCGCUGGGCAGGAGCACUGUGACAGGCUCCAGUUCCACGUCCUGGACACAGCUGACUACGUGAAGCCGGUGACGUUCUCCAUCGACUACGAGCUGGAGCACCCCGAGACUGGCCCCAUGCUGGACGAUAGCUGGCCCACCUCACUCAAGGUCUCGGUCCCUUUCUGGAACGGGUGCAAUGAGGAUGAGCACUGCGUCCCCGAUCUGGUCCUGGAUGCCAGAAGUGAUGUGCCCAGUGCCAUGGACUUCUGCCGUCGGGCUCUGCGGAGGCCACCGCCGGACUGCUCGGCCUUCAGCCUCUCCUUCGACACCUCCGUCUUCGUCAUCGAGAGCAGCAGGAGGAGGGUGGCCGUGGAGGCGACGCUGGAGAACCGAGGCGAAAAUGCCUACAGCACGGUCCUCAACAUCUCCUUCUCCAGAAACCUCCAGUUCGCCAGUUUAAUCCCCAAGGAUGACACAGACAUCAACAUUGACUGCAUGACCGAAGAGAAGCACCCCAACAAGAAGGUGUGCAACGUCAGCUACCCCUUCUUCCGAGCCAAGGCCAAGGUGGCUUUUCGCCUGGAUUUUGAAUUCAGCAAGUCGGUUUUCCUUCAGAGCAUGGAGAUCUACCUGAUGGCCAACAGUGACAGCGAGGAGAAGGAGAGCACCAAGGAGGACAACUUCGCCCACCUGAAUUUCCACCUGAAGUACGAAGCCGACCUGCUCUUCACCAGGGCGUCGAGCCUGGACUACUAUGAAAUCAGGUCAAACAGCUCCCUGGAGAGAUACGACAGCAUCGGUCCCCCCUUUCACUGCACCUUCAAGCUGCAGAAUCUGGGCUUCUUCCCCGUGGAAGGGGUGACCAUCAAGCUCACGGUCCCCGUGGCCACCCGGGCGGGCAACCGGCUCCUGCUCCUGACCGAAUUUGUAGUGGACCAGGAGAACACGACCUGCAACAUCUGGGGGAACACCACCGACUACCGGAGGACACCUGCCGAGGAGGACCUCUCCCGCACCCCCCACCUGAACCACAGCAACUCCGACGUCGUUUCCAUCGACUGCAAUGUGAAAUUAGCCCCCAACGAGGAGAUGAACUUCCACUUGCGUGGCAACCUGUGGAUGAAGUCUCUGAAAGCACUGAAGUUCAAGUCACUGAAGCUCACCUUGAACGCCGCUCUCCAGCGACGCUUCGGGAGCCCCUUCAUCUUCCGCGAGGAGGACCCCAGUCGCCAGAUAACGUUUGAAAUCUCCAAGCCGGAGGAGUCACAGAUCCCCAUCUGGAUCAUCCUGGGGAGCACGUUAGGAGGUCUCCUGCUGCUGGCCCUGCUCGUCCUCGCGCUCUGGAAGCUUGGAUUUUUUAAAAGCGGGAGCCGCAGGCGAGAGGCGGAGCGGGAGCGGAGCACCCAGGGGCUGGAGUGAUGCUGCCGGGGGGCCACCGGGUCCCCCCCCCACCCCAAAACACACACACACACACCUCGUCCCCUUCCCAGCCCCUCGCCGGCCACGGGGCAGAGGUUCUCCUCCACGCCGAGGGAUUUUGGGUGCUGAGCUCGGGUUUGCGUCGAGACGAGAGUGACACCCCUUUGUGUGAAACCACCUAAACAGGUCCAAAAGCCAAAAAUGUAAAAAUAAAAAUAAAAUACCCCUACACAUAGCAGAAAUCCCCACACCCCCCACCCCUACUCGUGGCCCCAAGGAGAGGAGCUUCAAACUGGGUUUGCAGGGAGGUGGCAGCGGGGACGGAGGGGUCACCAAAGCAACGUGCCCCGUAAUUUGGGGCAAACUGCAGGGCUGCAAAAAUCGUUAAAAAAUAAUAUCCUUUAAAAAAAAAAAAAAAAGGCUAAGCUGUAGCAAACCCCCGGGCUUUGCUGGCCCCGGCUCUCAAACUGCGUUGCAUUCGUUAACCAGAGCGAUUGGGUGGAGAUUUUAAUUUGCCUCCUUCUUAAUGCACUGAAUACAAAUGAUAGCAAAUCAAAGCACCUUAAUGCAAAUCUCCAGUGUCCAGCUGUACAUACUUAUUUUUAAAAGUAUUUACCUGUUUAAGCAAAGGAGAAAAAAAAAAUUGAAAAAAACCCCAAAAAAACAACUUUUUAAAAAUAAAUCAAAAACCAGUUGGAAGUGUUUUCUACAAACGAAGCAGUUUGGAAGAGCUUGUGUCCAGCAAGGGUCCACACGUGUAUUAUAAUUGUACAUACUUGGUGUCACGCGAAACCGGAUGAGCGGUGCUGUUUGACAAAAAUCUUUCUUUUUGCAUAGCAGAAUUAUUUAUGCUGAUAUUAAUUUUAUGGAAGAAAAGAAAGCAUAUGUCCGCCGGAUGUGUAAUGAAGUCUGUUAAAUACUGUCCUAGUAUUUUUUAAGGAUUAAAAAUACAGUAUUUUAAAAUAAAAAAA